AUGCAGAGCAACAGCAGCGCAUCCGGGCCCCUGGGCGCUCUGAACGUGUGCGGAGGAGAAGAGGACGACAUCUCGGGAGUCGUCAGCCUCACGGGAACAGCCUCUAAUCUCGCAGCUCUGAACCUUUCACUCAACUGCUGGCUCCUCAUCCUCUCCAAGGAGUCCUCGCUGGACCUGCACCCAGACGGCGCAAACCUGGCAGUACGAGUUGUCAUUGCCCUGGUCUACCUGGUGGUGUGUGUUCUGGGGCUUGUAGGUAACCUGCUGGCCCUCUUCCUGCUGCACUCGCGCCGCCGGGGCCAUCGCCACUCCUCCAUCGACUGCUUCGUGAUGAGCCUGGCGCUGACGGACCUCCAGUUUGUCCUCACCUUGCCCUUCUGGGCCGUGGACACCGUGCUGGACUUCCGCUGGCCGUUUGGCCAGGUCAUGUGCAAGAUCGUCAGCUCGGUCACCACCCUGAACAUGUACGCCAGCGUCUUCUUCCUCACCGCCAUGAGCGUGACCCGCUACCACUCCCUGGUUACCUCUCUGAAGAUGGGCAGCCCUGGCAUCGCCACUGCUCAUGCCAAAUGGGCCAGUUUAACCAUAUGGGCGGUGUCACUGGUGGCUACGCUGCCUCAUGCUUUCUACUCCACCACAGUCCAGGUGUCUACAGAUGACGAGCUGUGCUUAGUGCGCUUCUCUGACUCCGAUUCAAGCCACUGGGAUCCUCAGGUUCUGCUCGGACUCUAUCAAACACAGAAAGUCCUCCUGGGAUUCGUAGUUCCCUUGAUUGUCAUCUCCGUGUGCUACCUCCUCCUCCUGAGGUUCAUCCUGAGCCGGCGCAGCGUAGGCAGCAUGGUGAGCACGGAGAGGUCAGAGUCUGAGAGAGGACGCCUCCGCCACCGCUCCAAAGUCACCCGCUCCGUCACCAUUGUAGUCCUGUCCUUCUUCAUCUGCUGGCUACCCAACCAGGCUCUUACCCUGUGGGGGGUGCUGAUCAAAUUUGACUUGGUGCCCUUUAGUAAAGCAUUCUACAACGCCCAGGCCUACGCCUUCCCCCUGACUGUGUGCUUAGCUCAUGCAAAUAGCUGUCUUAACCCGGUGCUCUACUGCCUGAUCCGAAAAGAGUACAGAGCUGGACUGAAGGAGCUCCUGCUCAGAGUGUCUCAAUCCGUCCAAAAUGUUCUCACUCAGGGUCUGAGAGAGAGAAGAGUGGCAGACGCACCGCCCAGCCUGGUUAUGAUUCACAAAGAUGGCAAUAAGUGAUGUGCUCUGUGAAAGGAAAAGUUUGACAUUUUGGAAAACAAUUAUUUGCUUUCUGGCUGAGAGUUGGAUGAGAAUAUCGAUACCAUUCUCCAUACAAACAGUGGUAUCCGUCUUCUCAACUCAACUCUUGAUAGCGAUUUCAAUUUCGGCUCCUAACGAUCACAAAAACAAUGGAAUCGGGAAACGAUUAUUUUGCACAUUACAUUUUGCAAGUAAACUCUCAUUUUGGCUUGUGUUCUGAAAGGGAAUUUAACAAGUUCAACAGGAAAAGUAUUAAGGGUGUUUUCACUGUUGAUUUGUUUAACUGUUCCAUAAAUGCAACAUCUUUCCAAAAAUCAAUGACUAAAUCGUGUUAAAUAGUUGUGAUCUUAAUAUUGACUAAAAUAGUUGUGAUUAUGAUUUUUUUUCCCAUAAUCGUGCAGCCCGUCAUUCCUCAAAGUGUCAAACUUUUCCUUUGAUACUAAAUUAAAUGCUCCUUUAUCGGUCAACUUUGUAUGCCAUAUUUUCUUUGGUGCCAUUUUUUAAAUCACGUUGCUGUGUGACACUGUAAUCCCCUCCAAACUUAUGAACAGCUAUGAUUUAGCACAGACAGAUAUAUCACAGACUUUUUGUGAAACAUGCCACUUCGGAAGUAAUCUCCGUGGCAACAAGUAUUCUUGAAAAUGAUCAAACCCCAAAUGAGCAGGCUCUUAGUUACACUGUGGGCUGAUUUCUUAUUUCGACACAAUCAAGCAAAACACAGUGUGAUGCUUGAUUAGUUCAACCUGUAAAGUGAUUUUUCUUGUACUUUGCACCUCAAACACCUACACAGGCAAUCACAACGACUGUAAGAUUGUUACAUUUUCCUUAUUAUUGAUGUGUUUAAUAUUUCUUUGUGUUAUUGUUGGUAA